AUGCAGGAAAUUACAACGGAAGAGCUGGGCGCUCACAAGAGCAGAAGCGAUUUGUGGGUUGCCAUUCACGGGAAAGUCUACGACGUGACAAAGUACCUCAAAGACCACCCCGGCGGAGUCGACGUGCUGCUCGACGUGGCCGGGCAAGACGCAACCGCCGCGUAUGAGGAUGUCGGACAUUCAGAAGACGCUGAUGAAAUCUUGGAAAGUUUUCUGAUCGGCACAUUAAAGGACGCCACUGAAUACAAGGCGCCGGCCACCGUACGGGUGAUUCAAGAGACCCCGGUGGAACAACCCGCCAAGGGCAGCUCGAGCGCGGUCCGCACCCUGGGCCUCACCGCUGGCUCGAUCCUCUCGCUGUAUCUCGCCUCCACUUCCCUCAAGACCCAGGUCCAUCUCCACGACCUCCGAAGGCUGCUCCCGGGCCCCAUCCACCUGUCACCGAGCAAGCUCUCCGAGUCCAUCCUGCAUGGCAGUUUUACCAAUGGGGUGAUUGCCACCGCCAGUGUGUGUGCGGCGCUCGCUGGCGUGUGUGUCUCUCGCCUCUCGAAGUUUACCGAAGUCGAUUCAGGGUUCACCAAGUACCCUCCUCGCAUCAAGCGGAAAGCCCUGCACAAGAUCGAUCCUCAUCUGGUCCCGGGCUUUCUGCAGCCCAAAGACUACCAGGCCUUGCCCUUAGUGGCCAAGGACCUUCUAGCCCCCAACGUCUAUCGGUUCGUCUUCGAGCUGCCAGGCAAAACCGAUGUCCUGGGUCUGCCGAUUGGCCAGCAUGUGGCGAUCAAAGCCACCGUGGAUGGCCAAGUGGUGACUCGGUCGUACACCCCCACGUCCAACAAUCUCGACCGGGGCAAAUUGGAGCUCGUGAUCAAGUGUUACCCGGAAGGCCUCUUGACCGGCAAAUACCUGGCCCACCUCACGGUGGGGGAUAAGGUGCUCUUCCGGGGCCCCAAAGGCGCCAUGCGGUACAAGAAGGGACUAUGCAAGAAGAUCGGCAUGAUCGCGGGUGGCACGGGCAUCACCCCGAUGUACCAGCUGAUUCGGGCCAUCUGCGAAGAUGAUACGGACACCACGGAGAUUUCCCUGAUCUAUGCCAAUCGCUCGGAAGAUGAUAUUCUCUUGCGGGCCGAGCUGGAGGCGUUCGCCGCGGCGCAUCCCAAAUCCCUCAAAAUCUGGUACAUGCUGGACAACCCACCCCAGAAAUGGCAGUUCGGGAAGGGGUUUGUCACGCCGGCCGUCAUGCGCGAGAAGCUCCCCGCGCCCUCGCCGGACACCAAGAUCAUGCUUUGUGGCCCGCCUGGCAUGAUCACUGCCGCCACGAAGGGACUGGUUGGCCUGGGGUUCACCGCACCAGGCGCCGUGACGAAGAUGACGGACCAAAUUUUCACUUUCUAG